UGACGUUAGCUCUAGUUGUGUUCUUUGCGUGUCUAGUAACGUUCUGGCUCCUUCGUCGCGUUCGGGGCCGUCACUGUAAUGCAUCCGUUCCCACAAAGCAAGAGUCAAGAAAGAGACACUCACGUUGGGUGGAGAAAUCUCGACAAACGAAAGCGAGUCGCAAUGACGACAACAAGCCUGCCAAGGUUGUUCAAAACUUUGUAGCUGAGCAGAACGGAAAGGAGAAGCGGUGGCGAAAGCGAAAGAGCGGAGUGACUUAUGAAUACACAGAACUACAAUCGGUACCACGUCAGGAUGAGGAACUACUUUGCUCAAGAUGUGUUUGUGUAAAAGCAAAGCCAUUGUGCAGCUAUAGGCAGUGUGGCCGUUGCUGUCGUGGAAAUCCUCAGUCAGUUUGUAUGGCUCAUGGGAUGGGAGCAUUAGUGGCUGCAGAGAUGGUUGAAAGAGCGAUCACAUUUCAGCUCUUGGAACUUGAUCUUAGCUACCAGCAUCUGAAGACAUGCCCUGCUCAAUUGCCAGAACUGGGGAGUAUUCUUGUGACAUUGAAUUUAUCAAACAAUCGUCUAACGGGCUUACCCGAUGAUCUGAGCAAUCUAUGCUGUGUUGAAGAACUCUUCUUGCAAUACAACUGUUUGAUGAAACUGCCUGAGAGUAUUGGUUGCAUGACUAGGCUGUAUGAACUAGAUGUGAAGAAUAACAGACUUGUGGCGCUACCCGCCAGUAUUGGGAAUCUUACAUGUCUGGCAAUACUGAACACGACAAACAAUGUGUUGACAAGCGUACCGCCCAGCCUGGGUCGUGUGAUUAAGCUCCAAGAGUUAUGCUUGCACUCAAAUCGUUUAAAGGAUUUGCCAGAAAAUGUUUGUAAAUUAAAAGAUUUGGAGAGUCUCUAUCUCGGUGAGAAUCGACUGGAAUGCUUGCCCUUUAAGAUCGGUCAUUUUCGACAGAUGACAGAGAUGGACGUGUCAGGAUGCGAACUGAGACAACUGCCGAACUCGAUAUGCGACUGUGUCUCGCUGAAGAAGCUGUGGGUAUGUAGUAACAGGUUGAUGGGACUGCCCGCUCAGAUGGGUCGACUAGUCAACCUCAAGGAACUCCAUGUCAGACGUAAUCAGAUUCGAGCAUUUCCAGCUUCACUGGCGAGACUACAUGUCUACACAUUUACCGCAUAUAACAAUCCUCUAUUGGAUGAGUACAAUAAGUUGGGUCUGCAGCGGCUGACGAAGGAACCGAAAGAUGACUUGCCACCAUUGCUGGAGCUGUCAGCUAGAGCGGUGUACAACCAUGGCAUCGAGCACAAUACCGGAUGUAUUCCUCAGGAGCUUGAAGCUCUGCUGUCGUCAGUGCGUAUCUGUUCCAGCUGUGGGGGCCCGUUCUUUUUCCACUUCAGAUCGAAUGUCUUCUUUCACACGGUCGGUGUCUUCCACCGAGUGCCGCUGUUGCAGCAGUUGUGCUCGCCCUUGGGCAACAAGAAAUGUGUGCCACUAGAGUCAAAGAGGUGACACAUGUUAAAUGGAGAGAAAUAUUUACAAUAUUUUUGGAUAUAUUUUGGAUAUAUUUUUGUAUCUCUUUGAAAUCGAUUUCGAAUACGACUUGAACAUUUUGUAUUACUACGCUGUGAUUGUAUGGUCACAAUCAAUGUGGCAUUGGUCGAAGACCAACAUACUGGAGUGGACCAUAUCGGAGGUAUUUUGCAGCUCAUGUAUGUAUGUGCUACAGUUGGCAGUAUGGACUGUAUGACAGUGCAUUGUAAGUAGGUACACUGCAAAGUGGAAUGUAACGUGACCGAUGA